ACUAACGCCGAGUUGAUGUCGUCGUCGGCGCGGGGCUCUCAUCAUCUGGGCGUCGCGUGGAAGUGGGUCAGCAGUGGUAGCGACGGCGCGCAGCAGGUGGAGAGCGGCUAUCUCCGGUGAUAUCAACAGUCAAUGCGAAGUGUAACCCGAACGUCGGCAUAAAGCGCGAGGCACACUUGAUACACGCGGUCCAAGUUAAAGUCGUCGGUCUGUGGCGACAGUGGCUGUGUGAGGGUGAUUUAUCGACUUGACGUUUCGAUCGCGGCGCGCUUUGGCACAAACGGCGAUUGUCAACAUGGCCAGAGAAAUUAUCGUACUAUUUCUAUUCGUCGGGCUGAGCUGGUGCUCCGAAUCAACAAGAAAAUCGCCCACCUUAACCACCAGGACGCAACUUAAAGUGUCGAGGAGUUUAAACCCCGACAGUAUGCAAACCCUGAAUGUACUAACCAAAGACGGCGGCUUAGCUCAGCUCAUCGUCAAGCGAAAGGACCGGUCCAAGGCGCAGGACCAAAUUCCAGACCCGCCUCAGACGUUCUAUACCAACUGGAUACCUUUAUCAUCUAUUGAUUACCAACCCAAGACUACGAAGUUAGAACCAGUCACUUUGAUGCACAACGCUAGCGCCAUUAAAGGCAACGUAAUAGACAGCGAUCGCAUACCUCACGUGGUACCUAAACCUGUCAACGUACGCUCUUCCGAAGUCUUGCUCAAGAAUGUCGAAACCAAAAAACGUUCCCGAGCUGUUCUCGAACACGGCAUCCCCGUGGUACAUGGUGUCCGAGUGCCCGACGAUCCUUCCGACACCAAGACCUGGAGGAAUGCGAGAGUCAUCAACGGGGAGCUGGUACCUUACGAACAAGGGUACAAACCACCUGCGGCGAUUCCAUUGGGUGAGCUCGUCUACGCGGCUCAGCUCGAAGAGCAGAGGGACUCGUCCAAGGGAGGAGUGGGACCGUUCACCGUCCAGGAUAACUCGUUAGGGGAGGAACAAGGGAGGAACUACGUGAAAUUCGGCGGAUCCGGAGUGGGGCCAUUUACGAAAGCCGAUAACGUCGAGUUCCUCGAUCGUAUUAGAGAAAUUAACGAGCGCGAAGCUCUGGUGGACUAUAACUCCCCGAAGAAGAGACAAGAGAAUACCCACCAGAUUCAACGUAGGAUGCUUCAGAACCCCGGCCAGGUAUUGUACCCCGAUUCUCAGAUGUACAGUCCGACGAAAUUGAGUCCGGUAACGUUCAACGAGGGUGUGAGGACGCCAGUGCUACAGUACGCUCACCCCGAGCUCGGGAUUCAACCAGCCAAGGUGGCUCGCGACGAUGACGACGGCAUUAAAGAUUCCUACACGACCUACGGGGGUUUCAAUACCGGUCGUCAACAGAGCAACCGAUACGACGUCGAUGAUAACAGCAUCAGUUUGUACAAGAAGGACGUCAUUAACUACCCGUACAAUACGUACUAUAUUAAACGGAAACCGGAGCAACCGUUCUGGAUUAAAAUCACCGAGAGCAUCAAGGACAACGUGCAGAACAGUUUCGAGAGGAUGCAACGCAUCACUAGGCCCGUGUUCGAGCCUAUUGUGGAAGCGACGCAGAAGAUAUCCACCAACUUGGGUCUGAGCGGGACGACACAACGUGCUCAGGAUAAAAUGGGGCUUGUCGCUCCUGCCGGGACGUCAGUCAUACUACCAGCUUUAGGUUUGGUAGCUGGAGGAGCGGCUCUUGGACUUGGUGCCGCAGCAGUAGGUCGUUACUUUAGCCCGUUGGAGAUGAGGGCGUUGCAGGAACUCCACCCCAACAACGACCUGGUGUUUCUCGUCGAAGAGCCCAAAACCAAUGAGCACGACGAAAGUAGGAGAUUCAGGAGGAGCGUCGAUGACGAGGGUACUAUGCAAGACUUGGUGAUCGGCGAGGAUGUAUCUAGGGCAGGCCAGUCUUCGACGACGGGGCUCGAGCAUCCGGAAUUCUGGGCAGACACACCGUGCUCGAAGCGAAUCUUUUGCAAGAUCAUGCUCGGGCAGCAUCCGGACGAGGUAGUCGUCAUGGAGAAGAAGAUGGACACGCUGAUGUCGUCGUUAAAUCCCGACGUGGCCAAGUCGGUAUCCCAUCAUCUCCAGGAAGUGAUGGACGCAAUAAAGCAGCGGGAUUGUUACAGGUUCUCGUGUAGCAGAAAAUUCCCGUAUCCGGCAGUCGCCGCGUAAAACGAUAAUAAAAUAAAACGUGAGGUGGGGCAAAAAAAGGAACGCCGGAACGGCGACGUUUUUCACGGUAUAUAAAAAACAUUAACCGAGUCUGUGACGUUUUGUGUGGUGCUUCGGAUCGGGACGAUAAGGUGGCUGUUCGGGUGUGCGAACGAGACUCAAAAUCGGUACAUUUUGAGCGAU